AUGAGCGGGCUUCAGCGCGAUGAGGCCACGGAUAAUGACGUACUAGGCCCCACUCCAGCGAACCAUGGAGUCGUCCCAAGGAGCAUUAAGAGAUUGUUUGCUGAGAUCGAACGUGAAAAACGAGGAGCUGCAGGGGCUUCGUUCAGCGUCUAUUGCUCGUUUAUCGAGAUAUACAACGAGAAGAUCUAUGAUAUCCUCUCCCCAGACGCGCCAGCCAACGGCAAUCAAUCUCCAGAUGCCAAGGCCACCGCAGCUACCAAUGGAUCGUUAACGCAGCGUGCUCGAUGGAAUAGCACAGUUAGUGCAAAGGAAGCAAAAAGCCUCCAAAUCCGACAAAAGCUAGAUGGAUCGGUGUUUGUUGACGGUAUGACGUCGCGCAGCGUGAGCAACGAUGCUGAAUUGCUUCAGGCAUUUCGCGAGGGCUCACUGCAUCGAGAAGUUCGAGACAACUUCUACAACCAGUUUAGCAGCCGUGGACACGCGGUAUUCCAGAUUACACUACGCAGAAGUCUCGCAAACAAUGAGUCCAACAAACCAAACUCCAAGAAGACGCGUCUUUCGAGGCUCUUUUUCGUCGAUCUAGCAGGAUCCGAAAAGUGGCACGUGAACGGGAGUGAUCUUACGGACAAAUACGCGAGCGAGCUAUCGUCAAUUAACAAAAGUCUGUCGGCGUUGACAAACUGCGUGAUGGCUCUGACUCAGAAAGAACGCUCACACGUUCCAUUCCGAGACUCCGUUUUAACACGCUUACUCCAAUCAUGUCUGCAAGGCUCAGGGCGAACAGCAUUCAUCGUAACGAUCAGCCCCUCAAAGGGGAGUCUGGAGGAGUCUUUUGCUACCUUACGGUUCGCUGAACGUCUGAAAGCUAUCCGGUGUCGGCCCAUUCGGCGGAGCUUGUUCAGCAACGAGAUGCUUGGCGAGCAGCGACUGUACUACGAACGACAAAUCCAAGCUAUGCGUGCCGAGGUCAAUCGCCUUCGAGAGCUACUGAGAAAGGCAAAUCAGAGGCCCAAUGAAGCAGCAGGGAGCUCAUCCAAUGACGCCAAUGCUGCACUCGUCGAGGAAAAUCGACGUUUGAAGGAGUUGUUACUGCAGUCCGAACGUUCACGUAUUUCUGAAAGGUACGAUAUAGCGAAUGAUCAGCCGAGAGACCAACUUACUACCCUUGAAAAUCAGCUUCAGUCGAAGGAGGCGCGUUUAAACUGGAUGCUUGAGGCGGAGAUGGAGGCGCAAAACGCGGGGCGACCAACAGUGACAAGGUCAUGGGCUGUGGAAACGAGACUUCGUCGACAGCUUGUCGGAAUUCCACCACCAUUGAGGGAGACACAACCCGAUCCUGGAAGUGGGUCAAGUGGCGAGGGAGGCACUUUAGUGAUAAAAGCUGCGUCGAUUUUGAAACUGGUUGGGUCCGGCGCGAGUGAGGUAUCCGGGAAAUCUCGGGAGGAGCUCAUCGAAGAAUACAAACGUGCGCGCCGGGUCGAGCUGGAAGCGAUGAUGCGAACAAUGGUACAAAAGUGA